AACUUGUCACAAUGGAUGCGGUAACGCUUAAUGAGGAGAAAAGAGAAAAAAGGAAAUUGAAUUGGACAAAAAUAGAAACGGAGGUGUUAGCAGCUGCUUACAUCGAGCAGCAUGCGUUGAUAAACGGCAAUUUUUCAUCGACGUUGUCUGGAAAAGAUAAGGAUCUUGCGUGGGAAAAAAAUUGCAGAACAAAUAAACGCACUGGGAGCAGAAGAAAGAACAGUGGAAGAGAUCCGGAAAAAGAUUUCCGACACGAAAACAAAACUGAGAAAGAAAGAAAGACAACGGCGCCUAUCAAUGAAACAAACUGGAGGGGGGCCAGCAAUUACACUGGAGCAGUGGGAGGAGAAAUUUAA